AUGGCGGAUAAUAUCGCUGACAGUGAAGAUGUCGCAGGGGACCGUGGAUCUCAGUUUGGGCAAAAUUUACAAAAAAUAUGGAUUGCAAAUGGUAAGAAAAAACUUCCUAUAGAGUUUGAUAUUGUUGGAAAAUCAUGGCUACCUGUUGGCUCAAUCCAAAAGUUAUAUGCACUAAUUGGAUUGGGCAUCUGUCCCGGAAAAGAAACAAAAAAACGUUUUCAAACGAGUAAAGGUAAUUAUACAAAAUUAUCAAGCUGCUAUUUUGCUCUAUUUCACCUUAGUCUCCUGAAACUUUCACCAUUUUUAAUAAAUUCCAGAAGUAUUUUUAUAUACACUGCACCGUUACGCCGAGACUGCAGUAGAACGCUUUCGUGGGUAUUACAAGAAAAAAACUUGAAAAUUGUUCCUCGACUCCUCGUCCUUAUUGAAACUUUACUGGUGAAGAAUAGUAACAAUGUAUCAACUUGUUUAGCAAGUCUGAAUUCAUUCAAGCAUAAAUACUCGUGUUUUCAAGGAUCAAAAAGAUUAGUAGCCCAUAGCAUGGAUUGGUUACAUCUUAUUCAGUUUAAUAAAUUGCAAGAAGAGUUGGUUUUUAUUGCAGUGGGAAGGGAUCCGAGUUUUAUAGCACUAUUGAAAGAGAUGCACACCGAUAAAGAAAAUGGGAAGUGGGUUAAUAAGGCCGCCGAAUCUGAUUAUUCUCUUCUUCUGCAAGCAAGAGAAUCAGCACGACUAUCUUCCCCUAAUAACAUUGUGGAUGAGAGAGCUAUUAUGCGGGAAGUAUUUGGUACUCGACGAGGUAAUGAAUGCGGUUUUGGAUGGAUCCUUAAGGGGUCCAAGUCCUCUGCCAUUCAUGAUAUUCCAGAAUCAUCUAUUACUUCAAAUACUACUAGAAAAUAUACUCAAGGUGCUACCCCGAAUGUUGAAAGAUAUGUGAAUCUACUGAAGGAGGCGCUUGCACGACUAAAGGCUAAGGUUGAGAUUUACGUUGAUGAAGAGGAGGAGAAGGAUGCUCAAUUCAUUUAUCACGAGAAUGAGAAUAAGCAA